AUGAUUUCCAGCUUUCAACGGCCAUUAUUUUCCAUCUUUAAUGUCAGUAUAAUUGAUUGCAGUAGAGGGGUACUUGCCUCUUUAGCUGAGAUUGUAGGUGUGGACCUGUCAUACCAGUCUCGCCUUCGAGUUCGAGACCUCUUCAAUCGAUUCAAGUGGAUGAUCGAGUUUUCCAGUGAACUUAGCAGAUUGCGAAGUUCAGAUCUGAUCACAAUGUCUACAUCAAGGCCAAAUGAUCAAUCUUCCACCAAUUCCGCAAGAUCAAAACACAGUGCAAGAAUCAUUCAUCAAACAACAGUAGACGCGAAGCUCCACGCUGAUUUUGAAGAAUCCGGCGACUCAUUUGACUACUCAACUUCCAUCCACGUCACCAGCACGGUGGCUGGCGGCGAACAGCCUCGCUCCGACAAGAUAACCACCGCGUAUCUCCACCACAUUCAAAAGGGCAAACUAAUUCAACCUUUCGGAUGCUUAUUAGCCCUUGAUGAAAAAACUUUCAAAGUCAUCGCCUACAGUGAAAACGCACCCGAAAUGCUCACAAUGGUCAGCCAUGCAGUUCCCAGUGUCGGUGAAAAUCCACUUCUUGGGAUCGGCACCGAUGUGAGAACCAUUUUCGCGGGUCCCAGUGCUAAUGCUUUGUAUAAGGCGUUAGGAUUCGGUGAAGUUUCUUUACUAAAUCCGAUUUUGGUUCAUUGUAAAACCUCCGGGAAGCCGUUUUAUGCAAUCAUUCAUCGGGUCACCGGAAGUUUGAUCAUAGACUUUGAACCCGUUAUGCCUAAUGAAGUCCCCAUGACUGCUGCUGGGGCCCUCCAAUCCUACAAACAUGCAGCGAAAGCCAUUGCUAGGUUACAAUCACUCCCUAGUGGUAGCAUCGAACGACUAUGUGACACCAUGGUUCAAGAAGUUUUUGAGCUCACGGGUUAUGAUCGGGUGAUGGCUUAUAAGUUUCACGACGAUGAUCAUGGUGAGGUGGUGGCUGAGAUUACAAAACCAGGGCUCGAUCCUUACCUUGGGUUACAUUAUCCGGCGACUGACAUCCCUCAAGCUGCAAGAUUCUUGUUCAUGAAGAACAAGGUUCGAAUGAUUUGUGAUUGUAGAGCAAAACACGUCAAAGUACUCCAAGAUAAGAAGCUACCUUUCGAUUUGACAUUAUGUGGGUCCACACUCCGGGCCCCACAUAGUUGCCAUUUACAGUAUAUGGACAACAUGACGUCCAUAGCUUCUUUAGUAAUGGCGGUGGUAAUAAAUGACAUGAAUGAUGAAAUCGAUAGCCCCGAUCCACAAAAAAGAAAAAAGUUAUGGGGAUUAGUUGUUUGCCAUAACACCACUCCAAGAUUCGUCCCUUUUCCACUACGUUACGCUUGUGAAUUUCUUGCUCAAGUUUUCGCAAUUCACAUCAACAAAGAAUUGGAAUUAGAAAACCAAAUUCUCGAGAAAAACAUAUUGAGAACACAAACGCUAUUGUGUGAUUUACUAAUGCGAGAUGCUCCAUUAGGCAUUGUUGCACAAAGUCCAAACAUUAUGGAUCUUGUGAAAUGUGAUGGAGCAGCUCUUUUGUACAAGAAUAAAGUAUACCGAAUGGGUGUUAGUCCAACUGAAUCUCAAGUCUUUGAUAUUGUUUCUUGGCUCUAUGAAUACCACAUGGAUUCAACCGGAUUGAGCACCGAUAGUUUAUAUGAUGCGGGGUAUCCGGGAGCUCUUGCUCUUGGUGACAUAGUUUGUGGAAUGGCAUCUGUGAGAAUAACCGAAAAAGAUAUUCUUUUUUGGUUUAGAUCGAAUACGGCUUCGGAAGUUAGAUGGGGUGGAGCGAAACAUGAGAAGGGUGAGAAAGAUGAUGGGAAAAGAAUGCAUCCUCGGUCGUCUUUUAAGGCUUUCUUGGAAGUUGUGAAAACAAGGAGUUAUCCAUGGAAAGAUUUUGAAAUGGAUGCGAUCCAUUCGUUGCAACUUAUUAUGAGGAAUGCUUUGAAAGAGAAUGAAGUUGCGGAUUUGAAAACGAAUGUGAUUCAAAGUGGUUUCAAUGAGCUUAAACUUGAUGGGAUGCAAGAAUUAGAAGCGGUUACUAGUGAGAUGGUGAGGUUGAUUGAAACGGCUUCGGUUCCGAUUCUUGCGGUUGAUGUUGACGGUUUGAUAAACGGGUGGAAUACGAAAAUUGCUGAGUUGACCGGGUUGCCUGUGGAAAAAGCUAUUGGUACUCAUUUGUUAACACUUGUUGAAGAAUCUUCGGUUAAAACGGUGCAAAAGAUGUUGAAUCUUGCAUUGGAAGGAAAAGAAGAAACCGGUGUCCAAUUCGAAAUCAAAACACACGAAUCAAAGAAAGAAUCCGGACCAAUCACACUUGUAGUCAACGCAUGUGCAAGCCGAGACAUACACGAAAGUGUUGUAGGCGUAUGUUGUAUUGCACAAGAUAUAACUCACCAAAAAACCAUAAUGGACAAAUUCACUCGAAUAGAAGGAGAUUACAAAGCCAUUGUGCACAACCCAAAUCCACUAAUCCCACCAAUCUUUGGAACCGAUGAAUUCGGUUGGUGUUCUGAGUGGAAUCAAGCCAUGACCGAGUUAUCCGGGAUUUCAAGAGGAGAAGUCAUUGACAAAAUGCUUCUUGGUGAGGUUUUCGGGACCCAAUCAGCAUGUUGUCGUGUUAGUAACCAAGAUGCAUUUAUAAACCUAAGCAUUGUUCUUAACAAAGCAAUGACAAGUCAAGAAUCGGAAAAGAUUUCAUUUGGGUUUUUUGCUAAAAGUGGGAAGUACGUAGAUUGUGUGUUAUGUGUGAGUAAAAGGGUGGAUAAUGAGGGGACAGUUACUGGGCUUUUCUGCUUCUUGCAACUUGCAAGUAGAGAGCUUCAACAAGCUCUUCAUUUUCAGAGAAUGUCGGAGAAAAUUGCAGCUAAAAGACUUAAAGCUUUAGCUUAUAUAAGAAGACAGAUUAAAAAUCCGCUUUCUGGGAUUAUACAUUCGAGGAAAAUGAUGGAGGAUACUGAGCUUGGAGAUGAGCAGAGGGAGCUUCUUCACACUAGUGCUUUGUGUCAGAGACAACUUAAUAAAGUACUUGAUGACACUGAUCUUGAUAGGAUUGUUGAUGGGUAUUUGGAUCUUGAAAUGACGGAGUUUACUCUCCAGCAAAUCUUGGGUGCGUGUAUAAGUCAAGUAAUGACAAAGAGCAAUGUGAUGGGUAUUCAAGUAGUGAACAAUGUUCCAGAAGACAUGUUGUCAGAUAAACUUUUUGGGGAUAGUGUGAGACUUCAACAAGUUCUUGCAGAUUUCAUGUCACUAUCUGUUUCUUGUACGCCAGCUGGCGGCCUCCUGUUUAUUUGGGCCAAAUUAACUAAAGAUCAUUUGGCAAAAUCAGUCCAGCUUGUCAAUUUAGAACUCAGGAUAACACAUACAGGAGGUGGGGUCCCUGAGGAGUUGUUAAGGCAGAUGUUUGGAACAAGUGUAGAUGCAACCGAAGAGGGAAUAAGUUUGGUGAUUAGCAGAAACCUGUUGAAGCUCAUGAGUGGAGAUGUGCAGUACCUGCGGGAGGCAACAAAGUCGACUUUCAUCAUUUCUGUUGAACUUGCGGCUGCGGGUACCAAGAAGCUGUGAACAACUUUGUUCUUUGUUCGGUGGCUCAUUCAAGAAUCAAUGUUUACAUGUUAAUUUUCAGUUUGAGUUUGUGUUUAUGUUGUGGUGGUGGUGUUAGUGUGCAACUGUAAUCAAGGACUUUGUUGCCUUUUCGAAUAAUUGUAA